CCUGUGCCGCCGCCGCGCCGACCAUGUCGGCGGCCAAGGAGAACCCGUGCAGGAAAUUCCAGGCCAACAUCUUCAACAAGAGCAAGUGUCAGAACUGCUUUAAGCCCCGCGAGUCGCAUCUGCUCAACGACGAGGACUUGACGCAGGCAAAACCUAUUUACGGUGGCUGGCUGCUCCUGGCUCCAGAUGGGACCGACUUCGACAACCCAGUACAUCGGUCCCGGAAAUGGCAGCGGCGCUUCUUCAUCCUCUAUGAGCACGGCCUCUUGCGCUACGCCCUGGACGAGAUGCCCACAACCCUGCCUCAGGGCACCAUCAACAUGAACCAGUGCACAGAUGUGGUGGAUGGGGAGGCCCGGACAGGCCAGAAGUUCUCCCUGUGCAUUCUGACGCCUGACAAGGAGCAUUUCAUCCGGGCAGAGACCAAGGAGAUCAUCAGCGGAUGGCUAGAGAUGCUCAUGGUCUAUCCCAGGACCAAUAAGCAGAACCAAAAGAAGAAGCGGAAGGUAGAGCCUCCCACACCGCAGGAGCCAGGGCCGGCCAAGAUGGCUGUGACCAGCAGCAGCAGCAGCAUCCCCAGUGCUGAGAAAGUCCCCACCACCAAGUCUACACUCUGGCAGGAAGAAAUGAGGGCCAAGGACCAGCCCGACGGGAGCAGCCUGAGUCCAGCUCAGAGUCCCAGCCAGAGCCAGCCUCCCGCUGCCAGCACACUGAGGGAACCCGGGCUGGAGAGUAAAGAUGAGGAGAGCGCCAUGAGCAGCGACCGCAUGGACUGUGGCCGCAAAGUCCGGGUAGAGAGCGGCUACUUCUCCCUGGAGAAGACCAAGCAGGACUUGAAGGCCGAGGAGCAGCAGCUGCCGCCGCCGCUCUCCCCUCCCAGCCCCAGCACCCCCAACAACAGGUAUAGUGGCCCCGGACCACCCUCCCAGGAGCUUGGCCAUCCCCUUCCUUCCCCAGGUUCUCGACCCCCCGGCCGAAUGGUCUGCAGCAGCUCCCUUGGCUCCCUGGACAUGGCCAGCCGGCCCCCCGCACACAUGGACUCCAGCAGCGCUGGGGGGCGGGGAGCAGAGAGACUGGGGCGCACCUUUGCCUUUAAAGCCAGCAGGCAGUAUGCCGCUCUAGCCGACGUCCCUAAGGCCGUCAGGAUCAGCCACCGAGAAGCCUUCCAGGUGGAGAGAAGGCGGCUGGAGCGUAGGACUCGGGCCCGGAGCCCUGGCAGGGAAGAGGUGGCCCGUCUGUUUGGCAACGAGCGGAGGAGGUCCCAGGUCAUUGAGAAAUUUGAGGCCUUGGACAUUGAGAAGACAGAGCACAUGGAGACUAACUCGUCAGCCGGGCCCUCGCCAUCAAGUGACACUCGCCAGGGCCGCAGUGAGAAGAGGGCAUUUCCCAGGAAACGCGACCUCCCCAGCGAAGCCCCCACAGCUCCUCUCCCGGACACCUCGGCCUCCCCCCUGUCUCCACACCGAAGAGCCAAGUCACUGGACAGGAGGUCCACGGAGUCCUCCCUGACGCCUGACCUGCUGAACUUCAAGAAAGGCUGGCUGACCAAGCAGUAUGAGGACGGCCAGUGGAAGAAACACUGGUUUGUCCUUGCUGAUCAAAGCCUAAGAUACUACAGGGAUUCGGUGGCUGAGGAGGCUGCUGACCUGGAUGGAGAAAUUGACUUGUCCACCUGUUAUGAUGUCACCGAGUAUCCAGUCCAGAGAAACUAUGGCUUCCAGAUACAUACCAAGGAGGGAGAAUUCACGCUCUCUGCUAUGACAUCUGGAAUCCGGCGGAAUUGGAUCCAGACCAUCAUGAAGCACGUGCACCCAACCUCCGCCCCAGACGUGACGAGCUCGUUGCCAGAGGAGAAGAACCGGAGCAGCUCCUCCUUUGAGACCUGCCCGAGGCCGAGUGAGCAACCAGAGGGGGAGCGUGGAGAGUCGGACCCUGAGCAGAAGAGGAGCCGGGCUCGCGAGCGGAGGCGGGAGGGGCGCUCUAAGACUUUUGACUGGGCCGAGUUCCGCCCUAUCCAGCAGGCCAUGGCCCAGGAGAGGGCCAGCGCCGCUGGGGCCUCCGAUGGCCACCCCGAGGCUGAGGCCGGGGAGCUGGAGCGGGAGCGUGCACGGCGGCGGGAAGAACGCCGCAAGCGCUUCGGGAUGCUCGAUAGCAUGGAUGGGCCCGGCACUGACGACACGGCCCUGCGGAUGGAGGUCGACCGGAGCCCGGGGCUGCCUGUGACCACCGACCUUAAGACCCAGAACGUCCAUGUGGAGAUCGAGCAGCGGUGGCACCAGGUGGAGACCACUCCUCUCCGGGAAGAAAAGCAGGUGCCCAUUGCCCCCCUGCACCUGUCUUCCUCCGAGGAUGGAAGUGACCGACUCUCCACUCACGAGCUGACCUGUCUGCUGGAGAAGGAGUUGGAGCAGAGCCAGAAGGAGGCCUCGGACCUUCUGGAGCAGAACCGGCUCCUCCAGGACCAGCUGAGGGUGGCUCUGGGUCGGGAACAGAGCGCCCGGGAGGGCUAUGUGCUGCAGACUGAAGUGGCCGCCUCCCCGUCCGGUGCCUGGGAGAGGCUCCAUAGAGUCAACCAGGACCUGCAAAGUGAGCUGGAGGCCCAGUGCCAGCGCCAGGAGCUGGUCACGCAGCAGAUCCAGGCCCUGAAGCGCAGCUAUGGGGAGGCCAAGGACGCAAUCCGGCACCACGAGGCCGAGAUCCGAAGCCUCCAGGCGAGGCUCAGCAAUGCCGCCGCCGAGCUCGCUAUCAAGGAGCAGGCGCUGGCCAAGCUCAAGGGUGACCUGAAGCUGGAGAAAGACAAGGUCCGAGAGCAGCUGGAGGAGCGGCAGCACAGCGAGGCCGCAUUGAGCGGUCAGCUGCAGGCCAGUGAGCAGAAGCUCAAGAGCGCCGAGGCCCUCCUGCUGGAGAAGACGCAGGAGCUGCGCGACCUGGAGAUGCAGCAGGCGCUGCAGAGGGACCGGCAGAGGGAGGCGCAGAGGCUGCAGGAGCGCAUCGCCGACCUCAGCCAGCAACUGAGCGCCAGUGAGCAGGCCCAGAGGCUGAUGGAGGAGAAACUGCAGAGGAACUAUGAGGCGCUGCUAGAGAGCUGCGAGAAGGAGAAGCAGGCGCUGCUGCAGAACCUGAAGGAGGUGGAGGACAAGGCCCGCGCCUACGAGGACCAGCUCCAGGACCAUGAGCAGCAGAUGGAGGUCCUCCAGAAGGAGAAGCUGAGUGCUAAGUUUGAGGGCAGCGAGGUGGUGCACCAGCUGGAGGAGCGGCUGGAGAUGAAGGAGGCCAGCAUCCAGAAGCUGGCCGAGCACGUCCAGAGCCUCAGGGACGAGCGGGACCUGAUCAGGCAGCGCUUCCAGGAGCUGAUGGAUCGCGUCACCCUAUCCGACGGGGACGUGGCCGAGCUUCAGGAGAAGCUGAGAGGAAGGGAGGCCGACUGCCAGAGCCUGGAGCACAACUACAGGAGGGUGGCCAGCCAGCUCCAGAGCAUGCAUGUGCUGCUGAAAGAAAAGGAGGAAGAGCUGAAGCAUAUCAAAGAGAUGCACGAGAAGGUUCUGGAAAAGAAAGAUCAGGAUCUCAAUGAGGCUUUGGUUAAAAUGGUCGCCUUGGGGAGCAGCUUGGAGGAAACAGAGAUGAAGCUCCAGGCAAAGGAAGAGAUCUUAAGGAAGUUUGUGAAGGAGUCUUCAGAAGACACGGAGGAGCCGCGGAGCUUUCCGGAAGAGGCGGAGGAUGGCGUCGGGCCAUUGGGCCCGCAGCCUCAAGCCGCCGUCACGCCUCCAGCAUUCCCAUCUCCAAGGCUCGAGGAUGAGGAUCUGGGGGCUGCCUCAGGGGAGGAGCGUGGUGACAGCAGCUCAAGGGGAGAAGAGAGCGUGGGUUCCCUGAAGUCAGAGGUGCCUGACAGAGAGGGGCCCCCUCAGAGCACAGCAAAACCUGACCAGGGAGUGCCUGGCGUUAAAAGGCAAAGAAUCCGGUUCUCCACGAUUCAGUGCCAAAAAUACACGCACCCAGAUGGGUCUGAGAAGACUUGGACCAGCAGCACGUCCUCUGACACCAGCCAGGACCGGUCCCCCUCAGAAGAGAGCAUGUCAUCAGAAGCCACCCCCAGCUCCCUCCCUGCAGCCAGCGACUCCGACACCUAUCUGUCCAUAAUACACUCCCUGGAGACCAAGCUGUACAUCACGGAGGAGAAGCUCAAAGACGUGACGGUGAAGCUGGAGAGCCAGCAGGGCCAGAGCCAGGAGGCCCUGCUCGCGCUGCACCAGCAGUGGGCCGGCACCGAGGCACGGCUCCGCGAGCAGCUCCGCGCCAGCCUGCUCCAGGUCGGGGCGCUGGCCUCCCAGCUGGAGCAGGAGAGACAGGCGAGGGCGAAGCUGGUCGAAAAUCACGUCGGGGAGCUUGGUGACUUCCAGGUGAAGAACAGUCAGGCUCUGGCUUGCUUAGAAAGCUGCCGAGAGCAGCUGCGGUCCCUGCCAGCGGCCAGCCAGGAAGAAGCACGGGACGCAGCAGCAGGCCCCCUGGUCAGUGCAGAGGGCGCUCCAGGCAGCAGCGUUGGGGCCCUGAGCCACUGGGCAGCUCCUGCAGACGGCGGGGCCCGGGCCCUGCCAGACGAAGGGGGUUUCCUGGAGGUGGGGAAAGCGACUUCACAGCCACUGCACCAGCCUGAGCUGAGCGAGCAGGAGCAGCUGAAGCUCCUUUCUGAUCAGAUAGCUCUGGAAGCCUCACUGAUAAACCAGAUAGCAGACUCUUUACAGAAUACAACGUCGGAUAUCUCGCGUGUUCUGCACGAGAUUUCGCAGUCCGGAAAGCUGCCCCUGGAACCCCAAGGUGCUACCGUCGGUCCCGGGGCCCCAGCGGAGGCCUGGGCUAAGAAGGUGCUGGUGGAUGGUGAGUUCUGGAGCCAGGUGGAGUCCCUGAGUAAGCACCUGGGAGCACUGGGAGGAGAGGCGGCCGGUGCGUCAGGAAGUGGGCAGCAGAGCAUCCCACAGGCCCUGGUUCCUGCCCUGGCAGACGCCACGUGGGUCCGGGCAGAGCUCAGCUUCGCCCUGCAGUCAGUGAGGGAGUCGUUCCACCGCCGGUUGCAGAGCAUCCAGGAGACCCUCCAGGGGACGCAGAUGGCGCUGCAGCAGCACAAGCGCGCGCUGGGGGACAUCUUGGGGGCCUACCGAACCCCCGACUUUGAGAGAGUGAUGCAGCAGGUCUCUGAAGCCCUCAAGCUUCCCGCAGGCACAGAGGACAGCAGUCAGGCAUCCUGGGACUUGAGCCCGUUAGAAGUCCUGAGUCAUCAAGCAGCAGCCGGCCCGCAGGAGCCCUUCUGCCUGUCCAACCAGAGCUCCGGGGCCCUUGUUGCUAUUCAGGAGGAACUCGCCCUGCAGCUUAAAGACAAGGCCAGCCUCUUAGGGGAGAUAUCUGCCGCUCUGACCUCGCUUCCCCCAGUGGAAUCAGUAAGAGAUUGUCAGAAGCUUCUCCGGGCAUCCCAGAAUCUGUCCUAUAGCACUUACCUGGGAGGCCUCGGUCAGUAUUCUUCGUUGUUAGUUCAGGAUGCAAUCAUUCAGGCUCAGGUGUGUUACGCAGCCUGCAGAAUCCGGCUGGAGUAUGAAAAGGAGCUGCGGUGCUACAAGGCAUCCUGGCAGAGCAGGGGCACCUCCUGUCAGGAGCAUGAGCAGGCGGUCGGGGCCCUGAGGGAGGAGUAUGAGGAGCUUCUCCGGAAGCAGAAGAGCGAGUACCUGGAAGUGAUUGCCAUCAUUGAAAGGGAGAACACAGAGCUCAAGGCCAAGGUCACCCAGCUGGGCCAUCAGCAGAGGUGUCUGGAAGAAGUAGAAAGCAAGCACAGCGAGAACAUGUGUGCCCUGCAAGGGAGGUACGAGGAGGAGAUCCGGUGCGUGGUGGAGCAGUUGAACAGGGCCGGGGACACGCUGCAGGCCGAGCACAGCAGGGUCCUGAGCCAGCUGGACGCCUCAGUCAGGGACCGGCGGGACAUGGAGAGGCACCACGUGGAGCAGAUGCAGAGCCUGGAGGACAAGUUCCAGCUCAAGAUCAGAGAGCUGCAGACCAUCCACGAGGAGGAGCUGAGGACCCUGCAGGAGCACUACGCCCAGAGUCUGCGGUGCCUGCAGGAGGCCCUGCACUGCUACCAGGGGCAACACCCCGAAGCCCUGCCGGCCCCUGGCCCCCUGGGUGGCCUGCAGCAGCCCCCCUCCUCCAGCUGGCCCGCGGACCAGCCCCGGGAUGCUCCACAGACCCCCAGGGCAGAGGCUGACUCCAUGAUGGGGCUGAGAGAGCGCAUCCAGGAGCUCGAGGCCCAGAUGGACAUCAUGCGGGAGGAGCUGGAGCACAAGGACCUGGAGGGCAACGCGGCCACGCUGCGGGAGAAGUACCAGAAAGACUUCGAGAACCUUAAGGCUACAUGCGAGCGAGGGUUUGCCGCGAUGGAAGAGACGCACCAGAAGAAGAUCGAGGACCUGCAGAGGCAGCACCAGCGGGAGCUGGAGAAGCUGCGAGAGGAGAAGGACCGCCUGCUGGCUGAGGAGACGGCAGCCACCAUCUCAGCCAUUGAAGCCAUGAAGAACGCCCACCGGGAGGAGAUGGAGCGCGAGUUGGAGAAGAGCCAGCGGUCCCAGAUCAGCAGCAUCAACUCGGACAUCGAGGCCCUACGACGGCAGUACCUGGAGGAGCUGCAGUCCGUGCAGCGGGAGCUGGAGGUGCUGUCCGAGCAGUACUCGCAGAAGUGUCUGGAGAACGCCCACCUGGCCCAGGCGCUGGAGGCUGAGCGCCAGGCCCUGCGGCAGUGCCAGCGUGAGAACCAGGAGCUCAACGCCCACAAUCAGGAGCUCAACAACCGCCUGGCCGCAGAGAUCUCACGGCUCCGGACGCUGCUGACCGGGGACACCGGCGGGGAGGCCACCGGCUCACCUCUCACGCAGGGCAAGGAUGCCUAUGAGUUAGAGGUCUUAUUGCGGGUCAAGGAGUCAGAAAUACAGUACCUAAAACAGGAGAUCAGCUCCCUCAAGGACGAGCUGCAGACAGCAUUGCGGGACAAGAAGUAUGCUAGUGACAAGUACAAGGACAUCUACACAGAGCUCAGCAUCGUGAGGGCAAAGGCCGACUGUGACAUCAGCAGGUUGAAAGAGCAGCUGAAAGCAGCAACGGAAGCACUGGGUGAAAAAUCCCCUGAAAACACCCCUGUGUCCGGAUAUGAUAUAAUGAAAUCUAAAAGCAACCCUGACUUCUUAAAGAAAGACAGAUCCUGUGUCAGCCGGCAACUCAGAAACAUCAGGUCCAAGUCCGUAAUUGAGCAGGUCUCAUGGGAUAACUGAAACGAGCCCGCUUCCAGGUCCCCUGUCGUGUAGAGUCUGAAGGAAGGCCUGACUGUGCAGGAACGCUUGAAGCUCUUUGAAUCCAGGGACUUGAAGAAAGACUAGCUGUGUCCCGUUCAACUUGAACACACACCCCUCCCAGCUCACAGCAGCACUACGCAAGCGCUGCUUCUUGUCUGUACCUUUAUUUUUUAUUAUUAUUAUUGUUGUUGUUACUGUUGUCAUCAUUAACUGUGGGUAUGGAUGCAUGAGAGACUGGUUUAUGGGUUGUGCACACCGUUCCCCGCUGUGUUGAUUCCAAAUUCCUGUGUUUUUGUCAAAGCUUUAUUCCCAUGGUAUUCGAAAAUCCGCCAAGCAGCGGGGGCCCUGGGGGGCCAGAAGGGCUGUCAGCUCCUGGCCGGGUCUGCACAGAGCCCCCUCCCACCGCAGCCCGUCGCACUCACCGUCAGUAUUAAGACCCCGCAGCCUGUCGAUAAGCUAGCUCGUCCUGCCGAGUGCACUGUGUGGGGUCAGGGCCUAGGCUGUUCUCCCUCUGCCGUGUCUGGGUCCCUCAGAGAGAGCAGGGCGUCAGGUGGCGGCACCGACAACUCCCUAGCCUUCAGGAGGAGCUGGGGGAGCGGUCAGGGGCGUGGUUCGCAGCCUCCGGCCACCGCCCACGGCCUGGGAGAAGGACGGCGUUUUGUAUCGGUUCCACUAAUUCAGCUUAGAGCCGCACCCAGCUAAUUGCGGGAAACCUUUCACAACCUGGAAAAUGUUGAAAGCAGCCAUUCCUAUUUUUGUUUGUUUUUUAUUAAAUCUUGCACAAAACCCCAGCCCCUCUCAUUCCUUCCUACGCUCGCUCCUUUCUUGGUCACCAGUAGCCCUGGUCUCUUCCUAACAACUUACUGACCUGCAGCCUGAGGUUUCAGACUGUCCUUGCAAAGCGUGAGGAGUUCCCUUGGGGAAUCAGUCAAGGGGAAAGACUGUUUCCGGUCUUCAACUUUUCUGAAAGAGACCUCCGUAUUGCUUUUGAGAAGGCAGAGUGAAGACCCCUGUGUUAAGUGAAGAAGGAAGUACAGAGGAUGUCGGAAUCAGAUGAAAACUGCCAUUAUUGUAUGUUUUUAACUCUAAUCGGAGCUCUGAGAGCCUAAGUAAACCUGUAUUAACAGUGUUGCUUUUCUAACAGAGUAAGAUAAGACCUCUUUACUUGCCAUGAAACACGACAGCAGUUCUUGAAAGUCUCUUACACUGGGGUUUCCGUCCUGACGCCGGAAGACAAGUCCUGCUGUUAAGUCGAGGAGUGUGAACAAAGCCCCGCCGAGUGGGAAGCCGUUUGUGGCUGCAGAGCAGGCGAAGCACCGCUCUGGUCUCCCCGCCUGUCGCCUGGCGAUUUUACUUGCAGGAGCACGCUUUCGCUCUGUGUCAGUGGUCAGGCGGGCGGUCAGUACAUGGGCGCCUUCGGGGGUAGAAAUGUAGAAAUCACCUGCUCAGUCUCUAGAUGCAGUUAACAAGCUCCUCCGGGGAAGGCCCUAGAAAGCCAGGCGGGAGGGCCUGGGGCUUGCUGUCUUCCCCCAGAAUAAACCCCGAGCUCUCCACUGGCAUCGAGCCUUUUCUCUUCACUGGCUUCCGGAGUCUCAGCCCACGCCAGUCUCUCCUUUGUGCGGUUCUUCCAGGUUUUCAAAGCAAAAGAUUAUUCGGUCUGGCUCUUCGACGCCCCUUACCAGGCACCGCUCCCCAUUUACCAUCACCAACCCUCCCCCCUUGUGGAUUGGCAGCGUUUUUACAGAGGCCCGUGAUUUUGUGUGCGCGCGGCUCAGAAUGGGAGGGAGAGAGGCUCGGGCCCCCAUAGCCCGUGCGGGCUCCAGAACACCGUUUGGUGCGUGUCCUCCGGGGCAGAGUGAGGUGAUGGCAGCACGAGCCGGUGGCGCUGGGGCCUUGUUGCCUGGUCUCCGCACAGGCUGUCUAAGCACCUCCGUCUCAGGCUGCUCCUUUCGAGAACUCCCCUCAUCUAGGGCAGUUUCCUUUGUGAGUGUCCCUGCUGCCUCUGGGGACUUCGGCCCUUCUCCAGGGAGUCCCCUGCCUCCAGCCCUCUCUGGCUUCUGGUUUCCUGGCAGGGUCCCUGCAUGAAAUGAGGUGCCACCUGCCUUCGGACAGUGCAGAGAGUCUGAAACCUGCAGUGCCUCAAAUAGGUCAGAGCACUUUGCAUGCUUGUAUUCAUCAUUUAGCUCUCGAGGUUGGAGCCCUGGAGUCCUGGGAACACAGGUGCUGAGUGCAGUGUAUGGAGGUGGAAGGCACAAACCAGGACAGACAGACCUGCGGGCUCCGCCGCCUCACCCCAGAGACCGCGGACCUGAUUCCCCUGCGCUGCUUCAGUCUGGGCAUUCCCAGGACUGGGCCAGAAAUGGGGGUGGCCUGGCUUCUCUCCAGCAAAAGGCUCCUCCUGCUGCAGCCUCCAGAAAAGGCCCUGAACCUCACCUGGUCUUGCUGAGCAUCGCAUAGUGACAGAUGUGGCCUAGAACCCUGUCUGAGCCACCUGCUGAUAAGCCCGUCCUCUAGCUGGAAUGAGCAGACAGGACAGGAUAAAGGGGAUCUUCACUCACCACCUGGGUGUUACACCCCAGUCCACUGUGCUUUGCCUCCAUGAAGCACCCAAAACCCCAAGGAGGAAUUUAGCCACCAAGUUCCUGGGAGAAGGAAUAAAGUUGUGGGGGUGGAGUUGGUUUCUGUACUGGUGGAGAAGAGUCCUUCAGUGGAUGGGGCAGUGUAGGUGACUGUGAACUCGGGGUGCGUCCCCACUUCCCAGCGGGAGAUGAGCACAUGGAUCGAGACUUCACAAUUGUAAUUAUUUUCCUAUAAAUGUCACUAGUCUAUCUGUGGCCCGCUAGCACCUGCCACAUAAGCCAUACCAGACAUGUGAAGGGGAAAACGGAACCAUCUGACUUCAACAGGUUCUGUGAACAUCUGCAUAAGUUAGAGCACACACACCGCGCAGAGCCGCUUGCUGACAGUCAAGUUCCCUUAUCAGUGUGUGCUGCCAGUGCCAAGUAGGGUUGGAAGCUGGCGUUCUGGGGACAGUGGCGUCUGCAGAGCAUUUUGCCUUUGGUAUUGACGCUUGUGCCAUUACGGCAUCAGAAUGGGCCUGAAUUUGAUGAAGGAGGUUAGGGCCAUCCUGGGGUGACAGGUGAGGCCACGGGAGGAAUGUGUGGGUUUGUCUAGAGCCAGGAUCAGAGGCUCCGCCCUUUGAGCCCCAAGAAUGAAAAGGCUGAGAACAAGGGACGGUCUCAGGCUCUGGCUGGCUAAGUGGCAUCUGUCACACCAUAGACCAACCAGUCACUAGAUCACUGACCCAACAUCUAGGCAUCUGAGCGCCUCACAGCAGCCAGACUCGGGAAGAGGAGGGAACUGUGGAAACAUAGUUGUAACCCUCGGAGUCUGCCUGGAAGGGACCGAGACAGUUAAUAAGGCCAGGAAACAAAACUGAUGCCAUAAAAACAAGUUUAUGGAGCCCUAUUUAAUGGUGUUUAAUUUCACCACAGAGGGAGCUGGAACACCAUCUUUGUCGUUGCUGCCUGGCGGUCCCUUUGGCAAGUCUGUUUUUAAUCUGGGCCUGAGGCAGCACUUGCCUGCCCCACCCCUGCUGGAGGCCAGGCACCUGCCCGUGGCCACUUUUCUCAGGCUAUAGAGUGACAUGGCUGGGCUGGGUCCCCGCCAGCUCGCUGGCCACAGGAAGUACUGCGGGUGCCCCCCACUUGGAUGAGCCAGCAGGCAGUGUAUUUCUCCUUUAAAGGGUUUCUCGCUCCCGUACUUGCCAGAAACUCCCCUGGCUCCCAAAGGCCCUGGGCUGGGCUGAGCUGCCCAGGCCCCCUCAGUGGACUCAGCCCACGGUUCGGCCGUGGCCUGACCUCGGGCCCCACGUGCUGUUCGUGGCUAACCACACACCAGCUCCUCUGCAGGCACUCCGAGCUGUCUUCACGGAGCGUGGAAGGAACGAGGCCCAUCAGCACAGCAUCUUGAAUCUAAAAGCCCUCAAAGUACGUGUCCCCAUUGUUGUCCCCUAGAAGCUUGUUGCAAUUUUAACUUUCCUUUGUAGACACCACUUCAGAAAGCCAGAAACUACAGAAUUCAGUGACCCUUUAUCACCAGGAAUGGUGGGAGGGAAGGGGAUUUUAAAGUCUUACGAAGGGCAGGGAAGCAGAUACGAAAAGGGGAAAAGCUGGUCAUGCUCACUGGAAGCUUCACUCCACGGAAAUUUCUGUCAUUUGGAAUACCUCCCGUCCUGCACAUCGUGGAAGGGGAGCUCUUGCCAUGUAUCAUGUUAGAUGGGAAACAAAUUCGCUUCGUGAACAGAUCUCAAGUGCCGCCCGGACGUUUCCUCCAUCGGCUGGGACGGGCAAGCAGCUCUCGGGGCCCCGGGAAGGUGCUGCUGAAAACUUGCUUGCGCUGACGCUUCUUACAGUUCAGGUACAUGCACGCUGCUUGUUUUCCAUCUUUCGUCGCAGGCCCUUGUGCCUGUCCGCUCAUUCCACGAGUGCUUCAGUACCUAAAGGGCAUGGGCUCAGAGAGUAGACUGAGAUUGGGUCAGAAGGUAAAGUCUGCUUUCUCGGUACCACGUAGGACACCACGGGACGUGCCCCUCCCGCCGCUGGCGUUGUCCGCCCGGCCCUCAAAGUGCUCUCGGGAGGUGGGGUCCGUCGUACCUGGCACGGCGCCAUGUGCUCUCCCGCCUGGACACUUCCACCGAGGCCAUACCUUCCACAGUGGGGCGUUUAUAUAAGAACCAGCAUGAAGUGAGUCUAGCAAAACCAUUCGUUUUGGGUUCCUGGAGAGGAAGACAGGACAUAAUGGCAGUACGAACACAAACACCAAUUUCUCUUAAGGGCUGUCUGCUGGGAAAGACCCAGCCUCAUUCUUUUGCCCUUCUGAGAACAAUUUUUUGAGUAGUCUUAUUUCUUUAUUAAAGGGAAGAGGUCUCCCUUCUUGAAGUCUUUCAGCAGAGUAGGAGGAAUACCUCAGCACCACCCCGGCCCAGCUGCAGGGAGCAAGGGCCACCUGCCCAAACAGCCUAGGCCUCUUGCUCCGCGGUGUCCACGCGGGCCUUGUGGAGGGAAGCCGAUGCCCGCCCGCCUCACUGGUUCCCAGCUUUUCUCUGUGUAAAAGCAGCUGUUUAUUUUCUUCAAAAUAACCUGUACAUAAUGCAGACUGAGCAAUGUAAACAUUACUCAGGAGUUAAUGCAGGGGUUUUUGUGACAAAGUUGGUGUGGAUUUGAUUUAAAAAUAAAUAAAUGCAGACAUCCCUUUGUAAGCUAGGCAGGACGGCUUUGAGUUCAACCCUGAACACCACCAAAUGUGAUAAGGAAAUGUUUCUAAUGAGUGAUGCACCUUCUUAAAAGCUUCCCGUUGUAAGGAGUGUGUGAUAGCAUCUGAAAUAACAGGAGCCCUGCGUCAUGCAUGUUUUCUGUGGAAGAACCCUGUCCUUACCUGCUCCCGGCUGAGCCCUUCAAAGCGUCCUCCGGGAAAAGCCGGGCCAUGGAGAACAUGGUGGGCACAUCUUCCCCAGACCUUUCCGUGGAAAUUUACAAACUGUAGGGAGAUUUACAAACUGUAAAUUUACAAACUGUAGGGAAAUUUACAAACUGUAGGGAGCAUAGUUCUGGCCCAAGCGGCCUGAACAGUGGCACUUGUGACCCCUCGCUGGGACGGGUGUCGUGUGUGCCCCCCCCAUCCCAGAGGAAGCAUCGAGGGUGCAGAGCUGCCAGUGAUGUCCUUUUGCAGCGUGUGUCUGUCACUGGGGGAGAGAACAUGGGGAGACCUGCUCGUCUGGUGCACAGGCUGACCCCGGAGGACACAUCGGUUCCCGAGGGUGAAGCACGCGGUCCGAGGGCAUUGGUCAGUGGCCAGUGAGGGGGGUUGGGGGCUUCUCAGGACACAGUUUGAACACAGGAAGGAAUGAAGUUCUGGAAGAGCAGUGGUCGCCGGACACAGUAGGCCUGCUGCCCAUCACAUGUCUCGUGCCCUUUACAACUAGUUGUAUCACAUAUUUCAGUUUUGUUUUAUAGAAAGCUAGGAAUAGAUUAUAUAAAGAACACUAAAGUCAUUACUGUGUUAUGUUUAUAUCACAAAACCAUUGACAAUGGAUUUUAGGAUUCACCUUUAGUAUUAACAACUUCUCUACUGACUUACCGUUAGGACUUAAACCAGUUAAGUGCUAAGAACUCAUGUGGUUUUCCUAAGUAAUAUUUAUAAAGUGUAAAAUUUUUAAGUGACUCCUCACCAAUUAUAGUUCUUAAUAACUUUUCUCACAAAUAAACUCUAUGUCAGAAGGAAUGUCUCGGUUCAGCGACCAAGGACAACACCACUAUGCCCGACUGCUGCGGGAGCCGAUACAGAACCAAGCGGAACACGGACGGAACUCUGCUGUGACGAGCCUGGAAACGGUGCACAGCAGAGGCUCCGCUGACCAUUAGCAGUCGGGUGACGCCGUGUUCGCACAACCAGCCCAUGUGGUCCUAACCGGGGUUUCCUGUCUGUACUAACACUGAGUGGUAACGUGCACCGAACCACGUCCUGUGCAGGGGCCUCCGGGGUUGACAGCCCUUCAGCCCCCUCCACCACCCCCCCCCCGCCUGGAGCGGCCCUGGGGGCUCUGCCUGGGAGGGGGGGCCGCCUCUGGCCAGCCACACCGCCCUCCCGAAGAGGUGAGCCGAGUCAGCUACGCUGCUCGCUCUUCUGACAAUUCAACAGUUUGAUGGUUUCACUGAGGCUUUUUUAAAAAAAUAAACCAUUUCUGAACAACUGUUCGCAACAACUGAAGUGUUCCUUUGUCAAAAUAUUCCUUUGUGUGACAUGCUCGAUUUCCAUGGAUGCAGCCAAUCGUUUCUACUUUGUAAAUAUUACCUAACUUUACAUAAACUAUAUCAUAAUAAACUAUUUUUGCAUCACCCUG